CAUGACGAGGCGCCCUCUCCGCUCCCUCGCGUACCUCUGGCUGGUAGGGCUACACCUGCGCGACCCGUCAUCCUUAGAAACUCUUGCGCGACGCACCAGUAGUUCCAAUGGCCGCAGGGCAUCUGCAGGAAUUUCUGAACUCGACCUGCAAGUACAACUUGCAGGAGACCAUUCAGGACCAGCGUCAGCGUCAGGUCUAGACCAAGUAGCCUUUCGUUCUGCAAUCACGAGAAAAAUUCACGAAAUCGCAUCUCAGCAAUUCGAUGUGAUUGAGAUCCUUGAUGUGGAUUUCAUGGAGCAAGUGAAAGUGUCCUCUUCAUCUGCUGAGGGUGAAACUGAAAGACGAGGAGAUGCCGACUCGCCUUCGUCUUCUAGCGCACCAGAUAGUGCUGAGAGUGACUCGACAUCCACGUUGACCACGGAUGAAGAAACGAUGCAACGUAGGACACGGAAAAAGAUGAUGACCAGGGAAGGGAAAAGGCCUCUGGGAGCACCCGCCUCAGCUUCAGCGUCAUCGGAUGUUGAUAGAGUUUCUCCUAGUACAACCAGACUCGAUUAUCCUAGCGAUGUGAUGCCCCUAAAAAUCCGAUAUUACAUUAAGGGUCAACUUUCAAUGGUCAUCAUUUAGAUUGGAGUCACUGAGAUCGAAGAGGCGACCUUCCCUGGAGAGUAGAACAGGGGAAAACGAAGGAAAAGGGGAGAGCUUUGAAGGGGGUCUCUUCCGUUCAGAGUCAGUGACCAAUGAAUGCUGAGCUUUAAUUACAAGAAGAAUAGUACUCGUCAAGGAAGACCGACUGCCAAGGACACAAACAGUUUCCAUGUAGAUUUCCCGAAAGCUCUGACUAAAGCUUUUGCAGAGGUGAAGUCUCCAAAUAUCUCUCUGAUAUUUCGGGAACAAGAAUUACAAAAUACAUCAUCUGAUGAAUAUUAUAUUAAGGCCACCGCUGGAGCAUCCUCAAC